AUGCCCCAAAACCCAUGCCCAGUGGCCCACGCCCAAAAACCCAGUCCCAGUGCCCCAAAACCCAGGCCCAGUGGCCCACACCCCAAAACCCAUGCCCAGUGGCCCACGCCCCAAAACCCAGGCCCACGCCACAAAACCCAGGCCCACGCCCCAAAACCCAGGCCCAGUGGCCCACAAUCCAAAACACAGACCCAGCCCAGUGCCCACACUCCGAAAUACAGGCCCAGUGCCCACACUCCGAAAUACAGGCCUAGUGCCCACACCCCGAAAUACAGGCCCAGUGCCCACACCCCGAAAUACAGGCCCAGUGCCCACACCCCGAAAUACAGGCCCAGUGCCCACACUCCGAAAUACAGGCCCAGUGCCCACACUCCGAAAUACAGGCCUAGUGCCCACACUCCGAAAUACAGGCCCAGUGCCCACACCCCGAAACACAGGCCCAGUGCCCACACUCCGAAAUACAGGCCCAGUGCCCACACUCCGAAAUACAGGCCCAGUGCCCACACCCCGAAACACAGGCCCAGUGCCCCACGCCCCAAAAUACAGGCCCAGUGCCCCACACUGUAG